AUUACAUUCUUUCUAUCGUUUACCAGUUGACAAGAGAAGAACUUUAAACUCCGAUGUUGGUGAAAGAAAAAACAUCAUUCGACCUGAAACCCCACACGGCGUACGAAUACAUGCAAUUGACGAAAUACAUCAGCCAAUAAUUUCACCAUCACAAGAAGAAUAAGCAACUGAAGAAGAAGAAAAAAUUGUUCAAAAGGUCAUCAACAAAAGUUUGGAAUAAAACUAAAGGAAGAAUGGAAAGGGGUGAAGAAAGGGAGUUAAACAACUACAAUUUACAAGUCUCUGCCAAUAAUAUCCAUGAAUUGGGAUUUGUACACUUUGCAGAUCAUAACCAGGUGAUGAGCUUCUUAGCUCCUUCAUCACAGUCUUCUCAAAUAUCUCAGUCUCUUCAAGCUAGCCUUACGCCUCCCACUACCACCACAAACGUCGCCGCCUCCUCAAAUAAUAUUAGCAGUGCCCUAGGGUUUAACCACAAUGAACUUGUCCAUAGACCAUCUUGGAAUAACGACCAGGUGGAAACACUAGAUCCCAAGGCUGUUAAUGACGAAAAUUGCAGCGGUAAUGCUAGCGAGGGUAACAAUUCAUGGUGGAAGGGUUCAUCCUCAGAUAAAGGAAAGGUGAAGAUAAGGAGAAAGCUGAGAGAACCAAGGUUUUGUUUCCAAACAAGGAGUGACAUUGAUGUUCUUGAUGAUGGAUACAAAUGGAGAAAAUAUGGUCAGAAAGUUGUCAAGAACAGCCUUCAUCCCAGGAGUUACUAUCGAUGUACACAUAGUAAUUGUCGAGUGAAGAAGAGGGUGGAACGACUUUCAGAAGAUUGCCGUAUGGUAAUAACUACGUAUGAAGGUAGACACAACCAUUCUCCUUGUGAUGAUUCUAACUCUUCUGACCAUGAUUGUUUCACCUCUUUCUAGAUAAUCAGAAAGCUUCUGUAGUAUAUACCUCUUUCAAACCAUAUAUUUAUUAUAGCAUUAUAAGGAACACCAACAAUAUCACAACGAAUCAUAUAUUUGUGCCUAUCUUCAUGUUAUUAUUGGUGGAUUUUAAUUAGUUACUACAGAUUUCUUUUUAUUGUUAUGUAUGGUCCAAUAUUAUGUCAUGAAGGCAAUCAUUUUUAUUUAAUAUUGGACAAAUCUUGUUCAUUCA